CUUCUCCUUAUAUAGUCUUCAUUUCAGUUCCAAUUAAAAUAUCCAGACAUACAAUAAUCCCGAAAUCCUGUCCAAAGAAACAGUCAUGUCCACAAAUAACAUAGUGAUCCUGGGAGCCGGAGUGUCGGGACUCACAACGGCAUAUCUCCUGUCCAAAGAUGCCUCCAACUCAAUCACAGUGCUUGCCAAACAUAUGCCGGGUGACUACGAUAUAGAAUACGCCUCACCUUGGGCAGGUGCCAAUUAUCUUCCGGUGGGCAAAGCCAGUAGCUCCCAUGGAAAAUGGGAACGAAACACCUGGCCUGUCCUUAAGGAGAUAACAGAGAAGUAUCCGGAGGCUGGAAUCCAUUUCCAAGAUGCGAUUGUCUAUAAUCGUACAAAAGAUCAGGGAUCAGCAACUGGGGAUUGGUUCUCCGAAUUGGUGCAGAAGGAGCCUUGGUAUAAAGAAGUCGUACCGGAUUUCCGCAACUUCCCCGACAAUGAGCUGGCCCCCGGCAUUGACAACGCCUCGGUGUUUACUUCCGUUUGCAUCAACACAGCAAUCUACCUGCCUUGGUUAAUUGGCCAAUGUCGCAAGACCGGGGUGAUCUUCAAACGAGCAGUGAUCAACCAUGUGGCCGACGCAGCCAGCUUCCAUCAUUCAGGAAAGAAAGCCGACGUGGUAGUCAACUGCACUGGCCUUGCAUCCAGAAAGCUAGGUGGAGUCAACGACGACAAGCUCCACCCCAUCCGUGGCCAAGUCGUCGUGGUCCGCAACGACCCUGGAGCAAUGUUCUCAAUCUCCGGCACCGAUGACGCCGAGGAUGAGGUAACCUACAUGAUGACCCGGGCAGCGGGCGGCGGAACUGUCAUCGGAGGUUCGUAUCAGAAGGACCAGUGGGAUCCGCUACCUGACCCGAACCUGGCCGUGCGCAUCAUGAAGCGGGCCAUUGCUCUCGUUCCGCAACUCGUAGGUGAGGGCCAAGGAAUUGAGGGAUUAGAUGUUAUCAGACAUGGCGUUGGGCUACGGCCUUUCCGUGAGGACGGCCCACGUAUUGAAGCAGAUAAGGUUAAUGGCGUCUCGGUCGUGCAUAACUACGGCCAUGGAGGAUUUGGAUAUCAAGCUUCCUUCGGCUGUGCCGCGGAGGCCGUCGACUUGGUUAACGGCAUCUUGAAACAGAAGGGUCGGGCUAAGUUGUAGGGUCAAUGCACGAGGUCUGAGAUAUACGGAUUAAUUAUGUACACAAACGAACCGCAACGAAAC